CACACACACACACACACACACACACACACACACACACACACACACACACUCGUGUCUCAGCUCCAGCUCCAUGGAGAAGAAGGAGGUCGUAAGUGUUUGGGUGCGGGACCCUCGGAUUUGCAAGGAGGACUUCUGGCACGCCUACAUGGAUUAUGAGAUCUGUAUACACACCAACAGCUUGGCGUUUAACAGGAAGAGCUCGUGUGUGAGGAGGAGAUUCAGUGAGUUUGUUUGGCUACGAGAGAAACUCCAGGAAAACACUCUACUCCUCGUAACUCUUCCUCAGCUGCCGCCUAAGAACCCCUUUUUCAAUUUGAAUAACGCUCAGCAGAUCAACUGUCGCAUGAAGGGCCUGCAGCAGUUCCUCGAAACGGUCGUGCAGAAUCCUCUACUGCAGUCAGACAGCUGUCUGCACCUCUUCCUCCAAUCACAGCUCAGCGUGGCCCACAUGGAGGCGUGUGUGGAGGGGAGGGGCGGAGUCACCGUGGCGGAGGCCGUGCAUAGCUCCGCCCUCUCCAGGCUGCGCUUCGGCCCUGAGCGAGAGGAGGACCUGAGAGAGGACCUAAGAGAGGACCUGAGAGAGGACCUGAGAGAGGACCAGCAGGAGUGUGUGCAUCACACACACACACACACUCUGGUGUCGCCAGAGAGAGACACGUGCUGACCCAGGGGCCUAAGG